AUGGGUUGUACGGUGAGAGAAAAGCACAUCAGAGCUAAUCGGAGACCUCGAUCGGUGAAACCAGAUUCCGAUUCCUCCGAUAACAAAGACGCAAUAUCCAAAUCCAUAGCCGAGUCUGGUCUCAAACCCUUCAAAUACGAUAUUUCUCGCGUCGAUUCCUCUUCCUCCCACACUCUUAUUCCUCUUCCAUAUCCAAACCCUAAUUCCGAUGAAACCGGUUGGGGUUACUGCACCGAGGAGCAAUUGGAAGAGAUCCUUUUGAAGAAUUUGGAGUUUGUUUACAAUGAAGCUGUUUCGAAGAUUGUUGCGCUGGGUUACGAUGAAGAUGCUGCUUUGAAGGUUAUUUUGCGGAAUGGUCAUUGUUAUGGUGGAAUGGAUGUUUUGACUAACAUUUUGCAUAAUUCGUUGUCGUAUUUGAAUACUAAUAAUGCUAGUGUUGCUGGUGGUGUUGGUUUUGGGGAUGGGGUUAGUAGUAAUAGGAAUUCGAAUUUGGAUGAGGCUGAGCCUGUUUUCUCUGAUUUGAGGCAUUUGGAGGAGUACUCUUUGGCUGGGAAAGCUAGCACUAUGGAGAUUCCUGUGCCAGGGGGGUCGGUUCCUAGUCGGCCGCCUGCUGUUGUUGAGUCUGGUCAGUCUGGUCGUGGUUCUGUUGGUGUUAGGGCUUCUCCACUCUGUAAGUUUCAUGGGGGGUGGGGGUUUGAGAAUGGGGAUUAUCCGACGAAUAGGAUAUUGAAUUGCGGUCCGGACUUGCAAAGAGAGAUUGAAUUUCCGAAGAGGUUUGAUCUUUCGCCUUCCAUGAAGGAUUUGUUGAAGAGAAAUGUUACAAUGUUUGCUGCUGGUUUUAGAGCAAACACUAAACUCCAGUUGCAGGCGAAGGCCAAUCUUCCUGGUCGUAGUGCUAUGUCUUGUUUGGAUUCUCCUGUUGUAUCUGGGGCUGAUGUUGCGGUUGAUCAGUGUGGACAUUCUCGGUUUCCUGAUAACCAAGAUGCUGUGAACUCGGUGCUGAGUAAAUUUCGUGACUUGAAUCUUGAUGAGAAUUUGGAGUUUGCGGCAGAGGAUCAGAAGGAUGAGGUGAUAGUGAGUAUAUUUCAUCAGAUAAAAGAUUUGGAGAAACAGGCCAAAGAACGAAAAGAAUGGGCUCAUCUGAAAGCACUUCAAGCGGCAAAGAAGCUAAGCGGUGACAUGACUGAACUCAAAACGUUACGGAUGGAAAGAGAGGAGACCCAAAAAUUGAAGAAAGGGAAACAGGCACUUGAGGAUACAACCAUGAAGAAACUCUCGGAGAUGGAGAAUGCUUUGAGAAAGGCUAGUGGUCAAGUGGACCGUGCAAAUGGAGCUGUGAGAAGAUUAGAGACUGAGAAUGCAGAAAUCAGAGCAGAGAUGGAGGCUUCCAAAUUAAGUGCAUCAGAGUCAGUGACAGCUUGCUUAGAAGUUGCGAAAAAGGAGAAAAAAUGCUUAAAGAAACUUCUAGCUUGGGAAAAACAGAAGGCUAAGCUACAGAAGGAAGUUUCCAAUAUGAAAGAGAAGAUAUCAAAGGCACAAGAAGUGCUGGGUCAGACUUCACAGCGCCAAAAAGAAGCUGAGGUUAAAUGGAAGGAGGAGUUGAAGGCUCAAGAAGAUGCCUUGGCACUAGUUGAGGAGGAGCGCCGAGCCAAGGAAACAGCUGAAUCAAAUAAUAAGAGGGGAUUUGAGGCUUUGCGUCUGAAGAUAGAUAUAGAUUUCCAGCGCCACAAGGAUGAUCUACGCAGACUUGAGCAUGAUCUUUCGCGCCUUAAAGCAUCUGUUCAUUCUGCUGUGUUGCACCAGCAGUCAAAUACUUCACCUAUAAGUGACUUUGAGGGUACAAAGCCUCAAAGAGAGUCAAUUGCUAAGCUGCUUCUGGAUUUGGAUAACCUGGAUGAUUUAUCUGAAAAAGAAGCUAAUAACAACAGAGAAUGCAUUAUAUGUAUGAAAGAUGAGGUCUCUGUUGUUUUCUUGCCAUGUGCUCACCAAGUCAUGUGUGCUAAAUGCAGCGAUGAGUAUGGAAAAAAGGGAAAGGCUUCUUGUCCUUGCUGCCGGGUUCAAAUCCAACAGAGAAUCCGCGUAUUUGGGGCAUGCUCUUAA